AUGGACCCAGUCAUCCCCUCCACCGGCCCAGGAGGCCUGCGCGGCCCAAGCGAAGUGGCCAUGAAGAGCAUGACGCUCCCGGUCCUGGCUCUCUGGGUGGGGAGCUGCCCUGGAGGUGCCCUGACCAAGCAGGGGCCGAGCCUGAGAGAGCCCACGGCCACACCAACCCCCGUGGGCACGCUGACCCUGCAGCCGUCGCCGCCCAGCUGGCCUGGGCCCCCCAGUGGGGCCUUCCACCGACCCGGCUCAGGGGGCCGGCAUCAAAAGAAGGAUCAUAGCCAAGGCCAAGGUGGCAGCGGCACCAAGGAGACCACAGGCCCCUCCUGCCUCCUGACCCAGGCGGCCAUCGCCUGCAGCAAUGUCAAGAUGAAACACAUCCCUGCCCUGACUGACCCUGGCCUAGCCACACUCUACCUGGCAGAGAAUGAAAUCGCCAGUCCCCCAGCACACACGUUCCGGGGGCAGCCCAAUCUGCAGUGGUUGGACCUGAGCAAGAACAAGCUGAAUUGGACGGGGCUGAAGCGGUUGAACCUGGAUGGGAACUCGCUAUCCACAGUGCCAGCCUUGCCCGCCUCCCUGCAAGAGCUCAAGCUCAACGACAACCUCCUGCAGGGCCUGCAGCGCAGCAGCUUCCGGGGGCUCAGCCGGCUGCUGACGCUGGAGGCCGAAGGGAACCACCUGCAGGAUGGUGACAUCUCGCCCCCGGCUUUCCAGCCCCUGCGCAGCCUGCUCUGCCUGAGGCUGGAUGGAAACCGUCUGCGGACCAUCCCCCCCCACCCCCACCCCCCGGCCCCGCCUGCCAGCCUCCCUGCGGCGCUGUGUCUUGUGGGGCUGGGAGGAGCCGUGGCUAGCAGGUGUUGCUGGGACCCUCCGCAAGAUGGCCUACGGCCCCGAGAGCAGCAGAGAUGCGGACACCUGGGUCUCACAGAUGGGGCCAGGAGCUUGCACGUGGGCGCCAAUGUCAUCGAGGAGGUGACCGAGGGCGUGCUGAACUACAGCCACAGCAACAACCGGCUCCAGGACGACCGGCUGGCCCCCCGCGCUCGGACUGAUCUCCCGAAGCUGGAGACCCUUGACCUAUCCCACAACCGGCUGGUGCACGUGCCCUCCCUCUUGCCACGGGGCCUUCGGCGCCUGACGCUGCACCACGACCGCAUCGAGCGCGUCCCUGGCUACGUGUUUGCACACAUGAAGCCCGGCCUGGAGCUCCUGCGCCUGUCCCACAACAGCCCGCACGCCGACGGCGGCCAUGGCGUGUCCUUCCUAGGCCUUCCCACCUCCCUGGCUGAGCUGCUGCUGGAUCACAACCAGCUGCAGGCCAUCCCACGUGGCCUCCUGCGCCUCAGGGGGCUGCAGGUGCCGCAUCUGAGCCACAGCAAGAUCAGACACGUGCCCCUGAAUUCCAUUGACACUCGAGUGGCUCAAGACUCCAAUCUCAUCUCCACACACCUGGAGAACAACCUUAUUGACCGGCGCCGCAUCCCACCCACCACCUUCUCCUGCAUCCAGGUCUACUGCAGUGUGGUCCUCCGGCCUCAGCAGGGGGAGGGGGUGGCGGAGGGCUCCUAG